AAGCAAGAACGACCUUAAAUUUAUUUAAAGCAAGAGAUCUCGCUCUUAAAUUAAUUUAAAGCCAGAACGAGCUUCAUCGCCCGUUGCCACACACACAUUUAUAUAUAAUUUCUAAUUGCAAACAACAACAAAAAAAAAUAUUUUAUGUUCUCUUCAUAACAAUCUUUUUUUUUUCAUUCGAUUUACAUACAUUCGAGAUUUCAAUAAGUUUCUAGCAUUUAAGACCAAGCAUAAUACUGAUCUUGUCCAUUUUAAAAUCGAUUUUUUUUUUUGGAACGAUAGUGCUACACGCACAUUUACAAGCAUUUCACCUGAGAUAUAAAUUCGUUUAAUAUGACCGUAAUAGAAAUUAAAUGCUAAGGAAAAUCAAAGAAAAAAACACAUCUUUUUGUUAAAAAAAAAAAGCAAAUGAAGUAUUUUAAACCUCCAGAGCGUUGAAAGUAAAACACACACAAAAAAAAAACAAAUCAAAUUAUAUGAAAUACGUGCAAAUUGAUAUACAUAUAUAUACAAUAAAAUGCCAUUAUUAUUAUGUGGAAUAUGAUAUAACAAAUGAAAAAAAAAACAUAUAGAGAAGAUAACCAAAACUCUAUGUCGCACUUGAACACCACAACACACAUACACAGAUAAAAAAAUUAACAAAGAUGUAUUAGCAAUGAUUGACAAGUUACAGAAUGAACACGUUUUUAAGAAUUCACAUAUGAACGCAAAAUAAAGACAAAUAAUUAAUAACAACAACAACCAGUACGCGCAUACCGCAAAAAAUUAUGUCAUCGUUUAAUGCUAUCGAUAUAAUUAUGAAUGUACCAAUCAAAAAUUUAAAUGUACGUAGAUUCUCUAAACUAUAUAAAAGAAACCAAUACCAUCGGAUAUCAUAAUGCAACCGCCAUCCACCACAAGAAAUUAUUAUUCAGCAAAAGAACAUCAGCAAAACAACAGAUAAAGAAACAAUUCACAUAAGCAUCAUCUCUCAUUUAAUAUAAGACUCAACAGCAUUCAUUCUGGAAAACAAAAACAAAUAAAAGAAACAUUUAAAACUAUAUUAAAGAGUACACAGAAAAAAAAAUAAAAUAAAAAACUACGACUCGUCUUUCGUCUAUACUUUUCAUUUUUCGUUUAAAUUACUUCUCGUCGAUUCACCAAUCCGACACCACUCAAACAGUGAUAAGCAACGACAUGCUCGCUCGCUCGCCAGAGACAAUACCGCUUUGGAUACACCACGUAUGUAUUACUAUUGUUUUCAAGUUCGAUUUUGACCUCAACAUAAAGAUGUCCAAAAUGGGCAUUCAUGGAUAAAAAAAAACACAUAGAGGAAAUCCCAAUCGAAUCAAUCGAAUGGAGUAUGUGAUGAGAGUUCUAUUAUUAUAUUCGAUGCAAUAAAUUCUGUUUGUGAGACGAACUCAGACAAAACAAAUGCGCUCCUAUUUACUAAACAAACAACAAUUGGAGCAUAAUAACAUAAAACAAAACAAAAAUAUGACAUAAAUCGAACUGAAAUUUGGACGGAAAAUGAAGCAACAUUGAAUGACUUCAACAUAACAGAAGCUUCUUAGUUCCUAUGGAAUGUAUUUACUAUUGUUUCAUUCAUUUGGUUUUUUUUAUCUGCAUCGUCGAAAUGUAAACAUUAUACACACACUCUUUCUCUUAAAUGCAUUCACGUUCUAUUAUACAAGGCAGUCGCGCCUCCAGUGUAUUUUUCAGAAAUCAGAAGUGUACAACAUUUUUCCCUUUAUCACUUUAUGUCAAAAAGAAAAAAGAAAAAUGCCGCUAUCAAAAUUUAGUGAAAAUUACCUCGAAAUGGCGAUUAAUAAACAUAGAAACAGUUUACAUAACCACACAGACGUAUUUAUGUUGGUAACACAUGUGUGUUUGUUAUCGAAGGAAUUUUCGUUCGUGGGUACAGCACGAGAAUACAUGCGUGUCAAUGACCUGCCUGAUAACUGGAACCAACCUAACGGAAAAUACGGAAUGCGCUAUAUGAGAAAGGAAUUAAUUUAUAAUUUGACUAUAUCUACCGAGAAUGCGGAGACAACAAUCACUCUAAUGGAAAUGUCAACUAAGCACGGGCAUACUAUAAAAGUCAACACCGAUAUUGUUGCAACAAUUGAGGGGGAUUUGAAAGCCAUCAUCCCACGCAUUUAUAUGUUUUGGGAUCGUGUGGUCAAGGAACUCAUCCGACCAACGUUAAAUUUACCACCUGAUUCAGACGAGAGAUGUACAUCUUCAGCAUCUUCAACUUCGUCGGAUUUGAAUGUUGAUGAUUUUAGUGAUGGAAAUGCUGAAAAAAGGUAUGUUCAUGGUAAACGUAAAUCGAAGAUAAAAAGCGUUUCAUUGUAUGUGCGGUGUUUGAAAAGAAAUUCGAACAACAAUUGUCCACUGUAGAAAAUUAGGGUUUGAAUUAAUUUUAUGAAUGAUAUAGAUACUCCAAGGAAAUUUUUAGUUAUUACAUAGACUUUUGCUUUUAAUAAUAGUGAUAUGGCGAAAGUAUCAAAACAAAAUAUAAACAUGUAAGGAUAUUGGAUUUAUUUGUUUUUUUCAUGCAGCAUAACUAAUUUCAAUGAAAUUUUAACAGUUGAUGUAUAUAAUACUAUAUAUGUAAAUUAGUUUUUAGAUAAAGAUAUCAGACAGCGGUCUGUCGAUUUACCACAGUGAAGAACGAUUAACUUGUAGGAGUUUUACGUUUUCAAGCAGUUUGACACAGCUUAUUAAACAAAACUUUAAAAAAAUUAAGCUAAAAAAGCCACUUUUUUAACUAAUCAAUAUUUUAAUUUUAUUAUUUAAAUACGAAUUAUUUUUUAUUGAUCCAUU